GGGUUUUUCUGUAGUUAGCCUAUACCGGGCGGCUCACUGAGUGUCAUGUCGGAGGCGAGCGCUCAACCACCGGUGAAUUUUAAAUCUCGAGCCGCUCUUUAGAACGUAGUUAGCCUAGCAGCUAGCUAGCCGUGUUUCCCAUAGAUAAACCUGUGAAUGCUAAAAUGGUUCGGCGUUAAAGUCUCAGGUUUAUCAAGGAACAAUACAUAAACACCACUUUACCACCGAAAAGGCCAGCUACCUUGCAUUGUACCAAUGAUUGCUAACCAACGUAGUUCGUCAUUGUUGCACAAUGACAAAGCUCAUAGCCCAUUUGGGCAGUAUUGUUAGCUACGUUUUGCCGUUACCAUGGAGUUUGUGGUUACCAUGCAUACACGCCUCAGAAUGAGACAUUCUGAACGUGUUCAUAAGAAAUACGACAUUAUUUACUUUCCGAACAUUUGUUUCAAAAACAGGCAAUGAACAAUGACCAUAGUUGACAGAUCUUCAGAGAAAUCUGACCUAGAGUCAGUCGGGUGCAAGCGCUCAGGAUCGCUGAACUUUCCUGGCGGUGACGGGAACGGGAUGGACAGUGCCUGCUCCAGCUGGGGGGCGGGGGGGCCCUCGUCUUCCGACACCCCCAGGGUGAAGACAGGGGGCUGCAUGGGCCCCACCCCUGGAGCCACAGUCUACAGCAGCAGUGCAGACAGGCCCAAGGAGCAAGUGGUGCUGACCAGUGGGGACGGUAUCGCCCUGCCACAGAAGGUGCUGUUCCCAGCCGAGCGGCUUAGCCUGAAGUGGAACCAGGUCCACCACAUCGGAUCAGGUCUCCAGAACCUGGGAAACACCUGCUUCCUCAACUCGGCUCUGCAGUGUCUCACCUAUACCGCUCCCCUCACUAACUACAUGCUGUCCCGGGAGCACUCUAAAACAUGUCAUGAGCCUGGGUUCUGUAUGAUGUGCACAAUGCAGAAUCACAUCACCCAGGUCUUCGCCAACUCUGGGAAUGUCAUCAAGCCCAUUGGAGUCCUCAACGAGCUCAAACGGAUUGCAAAGCAUUUUCGCUUUGGCAGCCAAGAGGACGCCCAUGAGUUCCUGCGGUACACAGUGGACGCUAUGCAAAAGUCCUGCCUGCCUCUAAACAAAUUGGACAGGCAAACGCAGGCAACCAGUUUCAUCCAUCAAGUCUUUGGAGGGUAUCUACGGUCCAGAGUAAAAUGUUUCAACUGCAAAGCGGUCUCUGACACGUUUGACCCUUAUUUGGAUGUUGCUUUGGAAAUAAAGACUGCUCCCAGUAUCACAAAGGCCCUGGAGCAGUUUGUUAAGCCUGAGCAGCUAGAUGGAGAGAAUGCCUACAGAUGCGCUAAGUGUAAGAAGAUGGUUCCAGCCUCUAAGAGAUUCACCAUCCACCGCAGCGCUAAUGUGCUCACCAUCUCACUGAAGCGAUUCGCCAACUACAACGGGGGCAAGAUCGCUAAGGACGUGAGGUAUGCGGAGUGCCUAGACUUGCGUCCCUUCAUGUCUCAGUCCCACGGCGAGCCCCAGGUCUAUGUGCUCUAUGCUGUCCUGGUGCACUCUGGCUUCAGUUGCCACGCUGGGCACUACUACUGCUAUGUCAAGGCUAGCAAUGGCCAGUGGUACCAGUUGAAUGACUCCUCUGUGUUGGUCAGUGACAUCAGGUCAGUCCUCAACCAGCAGGCUUACGUCCUCUUCUACAUCAGGUCACCUGAUCUGAAGAACGGAGGGGACUACAAUCACACGAGUCGGACCCCGGGGCCCCUCGGCCAGUCGUCCCCCCGCCCCAUCCUCACACCCCGGGUCAACAUUGGGCCACGACACACCAACACUGGCUUCAUAGGGCCACAGCUGCCCCCACACAUGGCUAAGAACAUCUUUCACGUCAAUGGGAACGGCUCGCUAAGGGACUACUCCUCUGGCUCUAAGCCCAGCACCAGCAGUGACAGCAGCAUGGGCAAGACUAGCUACAGCCCGCUCGCCACCUCUUCCUCCCAUCCUCUCAGCCGUCCCACAGGCAUCCCUGACCCCGCCAAGCGCCAGAAGCUCUCCUUCUUCAUAGGUCAGGGCAAACAGAUCCGCCCCUCAUCAUCCUCGUACGCCGAGCCGUCCUCUUCAUCACAGUCUACAUCAGACAUGUCUACGCCCCGGGAUCCUCGCGUUAACGGCACUCCCUCCGGUAAUGGUCACGGGGCGUCGUUGCUGGUGCCGUACGGCCAGGAGUCGUCAGAGGAGUCGGACCAGGAGGGAGGCAGUGGUCUGGGGAACGGCACGGCUAAGCCUCACGUUAACGGGAGGAAGGGCGAGACCAUCUACGGCCCCGUCCCCAGAGUGCUGGCCCUCAAGACCAACGGCAUCGGUAACGGCCAGGCUACCAUGCACCGUAACGGGACCAACAGCUUCUCCAAACUCAGCCAGAACGGACACUGCAACAUCAAUGGCAUCAAACACCCUGAGAAGAUCCACGGUAACGGUCAUGCGAUGUCGCCCGGUUUGGGUUCCAGCAUGUCUAAUGGGGUGGAGGCUCACCACAGUGGCCCAAGCAAAGAGGUGUAUUGCGCCACCCCCAGCCAGGCCAGCACCUCUCAAGGCCUGCACAGUGCCGACAUCGACAGCCGCCUCUCCCUCACCCCAGAGAAAAGGGCUAAAACUCACUCUGGCCCCCUCCCUCACCACGCACCAUCAACUGCUGCUAAACCUCCAUCCUCAAUGGCUGAUGUUGGAGCUAAACCACUUACCGCCUUGAGGGAAUCCAGCUCCAACCCUGGGGUCUUAUUCCUCCAGCCCACCCCCCGCGCCCUCAGUACCCCAGCCCUCUCCGGACCAGGCCUGGGGGCCACGAAAGGCCUCGGAGCCCCACACAGGGGAUCUGGGGAGGACGUCAGGGAGACCCAGAACAGCCCAGCUGCAGGGCUGGAUGGAAAGCCCAGCUCCAGAGAGGGAAGAGACCAGAUGUACUCUUCCGAUCGGGAGGAGAAAGGCGGGUUGAACUCUUCCGAUCGGGAUAAGGAGAAAGGCCGACUACAUUCUUCAGACCGCGAUAGGGAUCGAGACCGGCUGUACUCUUCUGACCGGGAUAAAAACGGAGAAGGGGAUAGGUACCACCGGGACAGGAGCCGUGAACGCAACCGGGACCAUGACUCAGACCACUACCGGCACCGGCGAGAUCACCGAGACAGAGACCACCACCGGUCGUACCGGGACCGCUCGCUCAGCCGGGACAGACACCGGAACUGGGAGUCUGAGGCAUUCCUCUCGCAGCGACGCUAUCACCCCAGAGAGAGGGACAGGGACCGCUGUCACCACCAUUACCACCACAGAAUGAGAGAGGACAGGAAAAGUGACAGGAGGGAGCACAGCCACCACAGCCUCCCACACAGAGAGGAGCCUCAUGGACGCUCAAGGUGGAGGGAUGAAGGUAAAGAGAGGGGUUACUACCCUUCACAGGAGACCCCCCUGCCCACCCCACUGAGCUCCAGCACCAAGCCCAGUCAGUCCCUCCCUCGCCCAGCCCUUUCCCCAGCCCAGGAGAAACAACCCGAGCCUCACAGAGAGGAGAGAAAGGACAGCUCUGAGGAGCGUCGGGCCAAGAAACCCAAGAAGAGCAAGAAGAAGAAGUCCAAGGACAGAGAGAGGCACCGAGAGAAUAGGACCUUUGACGUGGAUUCCUCUGACAGGGCAGCCGACGGCAGCAGUUCCUCCAAACACAAGAAAAGUAGGAGGUACGACAAUGACACAGAGGAUGAGAAGUCGGGGGGUGAGAUCCGCUCUACCCAGAGUUCCGAGGGGCACCGUGACCCCAAUGCCCCCCGGGAGGGUCGCAGGGCAAGCAGCAGCGACGAUGAGAGGGCGAGCAAGAAGCGACGUUACCAGGACGAUGGCUAUGACAACAGCUACCCCAAGAAACGCCAUCGCGCCGAUGACAACGACAGCUCCUUCUCCUCUCGUGAUGGAUCACCAACAGCAGCUCCUCAAAACGCAUCGCACCGCCACUUCAACGAACACACAGGUAAUGGCUUAGGUCAACCCAAUGGAAACUCCCACGAAUGUUCUACCAAUGGACUGUGCAAUGACCUUAGACAGUAGAUUUUCUCUGUUUGACCAGAGACACAGAACAAUACUUGGAAUACUUUACUUUAAAUAUCAACCUUUAUAUAAAAGUGAAAUUCAACGGCAACAGGAAUGUCAUCCCGAAUAUUUGAACGUGGUGCUGUAUUAUUGGGAAUAUACUGUAUUUUUACCACAUGAGAAAUUAAGAUUCUACUAGAUUCUCUUUUUUAAAGAUUUUUUUUUUCAAAUUCACUCUUCAGCGGUGUACACUUGUCACUCAAUGUACAUUAUGAUAAAUAAUUAACAAAAGAAUAAGCUGCACAGUGGAAGACUCAGGACUUUGUUCAAACGAGACUUAUUCCUCCUCAGAGAACUGAUCAACUGGUUAAAUAAUCCAAAAAGAGGAAGACGAAUAGUUUUGUUGCCUAGGAGAUGACCUGUUUGAUAGGACAUCAGUUGGCUACAAGUUUGUCACCAUUAUCCACAUAUCUGUAUAGGUGGAGGUAUAAAACCUCUCUGAUGGAGGGAAAUGUUAUGGAGUGAGUAGUGUCUGGAGAAGGAGGAGCUGGCCUGGGCCCCAUGCAGCUGGGCUGUUGUGACUACAUGUGCACUUAACACAACUCCACCUACCCUGGAGAGACUUCAGGACAGCUCUUUGUUACUUUCUAAAGCCUAAGAUCGUCUCUCUGAAUCCUUCACAGGAGAAGAAAGAUUUCCCUCGCUCUCACUGAGAUUUCCAAUGAUUUUAACUUGUUAUUCAAGCAUGAAAAAAAAGCGGAAAAUUAAUCAUGUUACCACUUAUGGCUUUGGACCUGUGUUUCUGCUUUUAAACAAAUUCUGUUUUCUAGCAUCCAUAACAAAUACUGUGAAUUUAAUUUUGAACUGUACUAUCAGUUAUUUUUUUUUAUACAUAAGUCCUGUAUCAGGAAUACAAAUAGAGAAUAGUUUUGUUUUAGAGAAUUACCACGAUGUAAUUUAGACCUUGUUCUAUGGACACAAGUCAGUGAAAUGGGUAGGAUGGUUUGCUUGUUUUGGUUUUUUUCUACCUAAAAACACAAUGUUCAUGUUAACAUGUUUUUAGUUCUACAAUAGCAUGUCAAAUUUAUACAUUGUACAAGGUAUAUAAAAAGCCGUAAAUACA